CUGAUAACCCCCGAGAUACUAUCAAAGACAAUGGAAGAAAUGAAAAGAACAUCUGAUUCAGAGGCUAGCAGGUUUUUCUGCAUUAUAGAGUACUUAUACUACUUAGUGAACGAUGAUGCAGACAAAAUGAAUAUUGCGUAUAAUGAAGUUAAAGCGCUAUCUGUGAACGAAGAGUCUAUAUGUACCUGCAUUACUAUGGAGGUGUAUAGGGCUGUUUAUAACGUGUUUUGUUUGUUCUACCAAUGUGCACCAUUUACCUGUGUGGCAGAUGUUAAAAGUGAAGAAGGCAAAGCAGAAAAAAAAGAAGCACGCAUUAAAAGUAUUUUUCAGUCCCACUGUCCGUACAUACCAAAGAGUGGUGUCUUCAGACUACGUGGAAAAAGAGCAAUUGUACUGCCAACUCUCGGAAAAUACAACCUGUAUGAGACUAUAGGCUUGACUAGCAAUGACUCCAACUCAAUGGUCAUAGAACAACAAGAUCCACUAUUUUUAAAUGUAGCGUACCAAUGUUCCAAAGAUCACUAUCAUGUGCAGCUAGUUGAUAACACCCGGCAUACCGUAAAACUCGUUCCUAUUCCAUAUCCUUCCUAUUGUAAUUUUUACAUUUCUAUAGAUAGAUCUAUACAAAGAGAAACUCAUUCAAUUCGAUAUAUAGUAGAGUACAUAAAAUCUGUACUGAAGUCAACCUAUCCAGAAAAGAGUUCAGAUUUUAAUGUCUACCCAUUUAGGCAUAAUAGAAAGAGUGGAGUAUGGGCAUUAAUAGAUGAGAAUUUCACUUUUAAUGGAAUGAAAGGAUUAAAUGCAACCCUAAAUGUAGCGAAUAGCUAUAAACGUGAUGUAGUCUUCUACUACUUUGAAGAGAAUAUACAUACAGAUUACUUUAAGUGUAUGGAUUUUCAAAUCUCUGCUGACUCGAAUUCCGAAACACCCCGAAUUCCUUUAUUUCUUACAAACUUUAUGCUGACCAGUACUAUAAUUAGCCCAUAUAUAUUUUUUAAUGAAACAUGUGUUCGAACCGAAAUAAUUAAAAAUUAUGCCACUCAGAAAAAAACAAUUAAACCUACUGAAAUGGCUAUCAAUACAGCUGCAACCAGCCAGAACUCAUCUUCCGCAUCACCAAGCAACAAUGAAUCUCAAACAAAAAGAAGCUACAUUAAUUACUACUACAGUGACUUUUUGGUUCAGAAUAUACACGAAAAAGAAUUCUGCACUGCAGAAUGCUUUGUUACAGAUAUCUCACUUAAAUUAUCAGAAAAAACUGGUCAGCCAUCUACAGACUGGGAUACACAGAUAAAGAAAAGCGUACGCGAGUAUGCAAGCUAUCGCUUUCAUAUAAGUGCGGCUCAGAAACUUCUGAGAGAAAGUCUGCUGCGAAACAAAAAAGAGGUAGCUCCAACACUUCUGGAUAUAUUGCAGCGCGAGAAUUUAUCUAGCGACAAAGUUACAUACGGACUGUGCAUCUAUACAUCUUUGAGUGGCAAGGAAGUUGCCGUUCCAAUUAUGUGCGAGAAAAUGCGAAAGCUUUUGGGCGCUAACAUUGAUGAUGACCUUAAGUCCAAGCAUGCAAAUUGGGAAAGUGAUAUUCUUCCUCCAUGCAUUGAUAUUGAAGAUAUAAAAGAGGAUACUACUGUCUUUAUCACAGUAAAAACCUUUAACUACACACAGGCAAACCUUGGAAUACACUAUGACAUGCUAGCUGCUCUCUUCCAUAAUAAUGAUAAUUCUGCACUAGCACCAUAG